CUUUAAUACUUCUCGCUGUGCCUCAAGCAUCUUGGGGAGCUUUUCAAUCCCACAAUCAGAGCCAGGCGGCUUGACGCGCUAAAACCUCUGAGGAGGCGUGGCUCCGGACCGGAAGAACCUUCCGUUGCCAGGGGAACGCCGCACACCCAAACGCCUGCCCAGCCACUGAUGUUUGGAUUGUAGCAGCAGCAACCUCUUCACCCAACUUGUGGAGGCGGCUUUCCUCAAGACCAGGGAUCCUUCUUCCUAUGGAGGCUUAGAGAGGAGGGCUGAGGGACGUCCGCACCAAAUUUCCAUCCCAGAACGGAUACGAGCGUGUGCGUCCCUUCCUGUUCUUCUGCGACUCCGGGGCCUGCAGGACUAACCUCCAAGACCAGCUGAUUUGUAAAUACUUGACUCAUGGGAUUGCUAGACAGACUUUCAGGCCUGCUUGGCCUAAAGAAGAAGGAGGUUCAUGUUUUGUGCCUUGGGCUGGAUAAUAGCGGCAAAACAACAAUCAUUAAUAAACUUAAACCUUCAAAUGCUCAGUCUCAAGAUAUAGUCCCAACGAUAGGAUUCAGCAUAGAGAAAUUCAAAUCAUCCAGUUUGUCUUUUACUGUGUUUGACAUGUCAGGCCAAGGAAGAUACAGAAAUCUCUGGGAACACUAUUAUAAAGAAGGACAAGCCAUUAUUUUUGUCAUUGAUAGUAGUGAUAGAUUAAGAAUGGUUGUGGCCAAAGAAGAACUUGAUACUCUUCUGAAUCAUCCAGGUUCCCAGAAGAAUGUAGACAGACCACCCCCAACCCCAAAUGUGGCUGUUCAUCUUGGACACCUGCUUGCAUCCCAGCACAAGAUCUAUAUUGUUUCCUGGAAUGUGGGUGCUCAAGUUGGGCAUCAAGAAACACUGGCCUGUGGAAUACAACUGCCUGCGUAGAUUAACCACCUAUAAGUAUUAACUGCCCUCUGUCAUGGGACUCAACCCCAUACCCCUCCCUCGACCUUCUGCUCCUCCUUCUUUGUUAUUCCUGCCCUAAGUUCCCACCAUAAACUCCAGCCACAUUUCCACCACAGAUCCUUUAUAAGCUUAGUAUCUCCUCACAGUCAGGGCUGGCACCAUCUUGAGCUUAGCCCAACCCCCUCUAAUGCCUUAAUAAAUCUCUCUUCUUUACCAACUUGGCCUUUUGCAUUCCUCCCUAAGCUAACCUAACAGUUGCCCUAUUUUUCAAGUGGGUUAACCCCUUCCUGCAUCUGCUUGCUUUAGCCUGAUAGUAAUAGAGGCUCAAACACAUUCUUAGAAAAAG